AUGGAGAACAGGACAAAAGUUACAGAAUUUGUCCUUCUGGGAUUAACUGAUGAACCAGACCUGCAGGUCCCCCUCUUUAUCACCUUCCUCAUCAUCUACAUCAUCACACUGGUUGGGAACCUGGGAAUGGUCCUUCUGAUUGUCUUGGACUCUCAUCUCCACACCCCCAUGUAUUUCUUCCUUGGCAAUCUCUCUCUGGUGGAUUUUUGUUACUCCUCAGCUGUUACUCCAAAGGUCAUGGUUGGGCUGGUUAGAGGAGACAAGGUCAUUUCCUACAGUGCUUGUGCUACUCAGAUGUUCAUUUUUACAACCUUUAUUACUGUGGAAAACUACCUGUUGGCCGUAAUGUCCUAUGACCGCUAUGUAGCAGUGUGCAAGCCCCUCCAUUAUACUACCACCAUGACAACUAGUGUGUGCUUGUGUCUGAUCAUAGGAUCUUAUGCUGUUGGUUUCUUGAAUUCUUCCACUCACAUUGGGAAUACCUUCAGUCUUUCCUUUUGUGCAUCCAAUGUGGUCCAUCAUUUUUUCUGUGAUAUCCCAGCAGUUAUGGUUCUCUCUUGCUCUGAUAGACUGGUUAGUGAACUGGUCCUUAUUUACCUGGGGAUUUUUCAUAUCUUUUUUGCUCUCCUGAUUAUCUGGAUAUCCUACAUAUUCAUUUUUGUCACCAUCUGCAAGAUACAUGCAGGUGCAGGACAUCGGAAGGCUGUGUCCACCUGCUCCUCCCACUUCACUGCUGUCUCCAUCUUCUAUGGCACGAUCAUCUUCAUGUACCUACAGCCCAGCUCCAGUCACUCCAUGGACACGGACAAAAUCUCUUCUGUGUUUUAUAGUAUGGUCAUCCCCAUGCUGAACCCUGUGGUCUACAGCCUGAGGAACAAGGAGGUCAAGAAUGCAUUCACCAAGAUUAUCUUGAAGGCAAAAUAA